ACACAGAUGCUAUUUGUGAUUACAGUGUGUAGCAUUCAUCAUCCUCUCCCAUGAUGCUUGUUAUCCAUCCAAGAUCCACUGUCACCAUAACUGAUUGAAUGAGAUGGGUAAUGGAGAGGGGAGGGGAUGUGUGUGGGACGGCGCACGAGGUGGUGGGAUGCAGACAGUAAAGCAGCCAUUCUAUCUCGAGCUCUCCCAGCAUCAGCACCACGCGAUUACGGGCAAUCUCUGUCUGCUUCUGAAACGGAGAAGAGUAUCGGUUUCAAACCUCCAGGGCGAAAUCUAGACAAGGCAACACGAAUUCCAGUGUCGAACGGGGCAAAUAACAGGUGCUCAAACAAUCCACAGCUGUUGCUGUGUCAUUUGGACACCAUGGACGCGCUAAUAAAGGGAUUCUCAAAAGCCAAGGAUGGGGUCGUGGCAGCAGCGGAGAAGACAAGGCAGGGAGUAACUGGGGCCGCUGAGAUGACAAAAGAUGGCGUUAUCUUUGUCGGCAACAAAACAAAGGAUGGAGUCACAACAGUUGCAGGUAAAACAGUGUCUGGAGUUUCCCAGGUGGGCGGGGCCAUGGUGACAGGUGUGACAGCAGUGGCCCACAGGACUGUGGAAGGGGCGGGGAAUAUUGCUGCUGCGACCGGAUUGGUUAAGAAAGACUCAGCCAAACAGGAUGAAGAUGCUAUGUCUAAAGACUCACCUAUCAAGGAGUCACCAGUGGACCCAGAGGGUGGUGAUACUGCUGCAGAGGAGGAUUCCGAUGGCUAUUAGAAGUACAGCACCGUCAACUGCCUCAUCUCAGAACAAUCCAGAACUACUGUAACAAUCCAGAAUCAAUUAUCGAAACAUUCCAUGUCACCCUGCCAAGUCCGGUUGUGCCUCGUUGUGUUCCUUAACGGAGUCUGUGCCAUGUGUGUGUGUAUGACUGCGUGUGUGUAUGUAUUAGUGUGUGUGUAGCGUGUGUAUGGGUGUGUCUUAAUGCUUAGUGGGUGUACGCCAGUGUGUGUGUGUGCGUCAGUGUGUGUGUGUUCUGGAGUCUCUGUCAGUCAGUCCUGAGUGGGGUCUAUACGCCCUUCUGGUCCAGCUGUCGUCUUCAGUAACUCCCUCCCACUAAGGCAGCCACCUGGACACAGAAGGGACUACCUUUAUGUUCUGUCUAUCUGUCUGUGGACUUUGUGGCUUUGAAGUAAAUACAAAUACUGUAUACAGGACGGUGUCCACCCACUGCUCAGAGUGGGGGAAAACGCGCUUUGGUGAUGAAAUGUCACUUCCUUAUGUUAUAAAAUAAAUGAAACCAAGACAAAUGUGAUUAUUCAUGUUCUGAAUUGUUCAGUGGAACCUUUCUCUAACAUAUCCCUAAUGAUAUCCAAAAAGUCAGAUUUCCUAACCUAAUACAGCCAAUAAUAAGCACCGCCCCUUUGUUGACAUAGCAAGUUUCUCGUAACAACUUGAGGAUUUUACAUUUUUUUGGUGGUCGUCCUAAAACUUGCUUCCGCAGGUUGCAAAAAGCUAAAUUAGCAUGACAAGCUGCAUUAAAUGUAAAAGGCUUUGAAAAUAUAAACGCUUGGUAUACGCUCAGUGCUCUGUUGACAUUUCACAGACGUACACUUGUUUUUGUGAAGAAAAAAAAUAAUGAUUUUUUUUGAAUUAAUAUGAAUAUGAAGCGUAUACUAAAAUAUGAAAGCAUGUCUCAAAAUCAAUAUCCAUCUUACCUUGAUUGUUUUAUGUCCUGCGGAUUCGGGAAGAAUGACGACGAGUUCAACCGAAAAGUGAGCCUGUCAGGUAGCCAGUAGCCUUAAUUCUUGCACAGAAUCCAACCUAGCUGAUUGCGAUGCAGUUUUCCGGAUUUUUUCUUUUACCGCUUUUUUCUCUGGCCACUAAUUUAGUCACCUUAAUUCUAGCCAUCCUAGAAGGGUAAUAACUCCAAUAACUUUUGAACGGGGUAUAAUUGAGACAUGAGAUUUGGACAAUUGAUUUUCUACACAAUUAACAUUAUUUUUUCCCAUUGGUCAAAAGAUGGGUUUUUGAUUGGACACCCUAGUUAUACACUCAGCAAAAAAAGAUUUUCCUCUCACUGUCAACUGCGUUUAUUUUCAACAAACUUAACAUGUGUAAAUAUUUGUAUGAACAUAACAAGAUUCAACAAAUGAGACAUAAACUGAACAAGUUCCACAGACAUGUGACUAACAGAAAUUUAAUAAUGUGUCCCGGAACAAAGGGAGGGUCAAAAUCAAAAGUAACAGUCAGUAUCUGGUGUGGCCACCAGCUGCAUUAAGUACUGCAGUGCAUCUCCUCCUCAUGGACUGCACCAGAUUUGCCAGUUCUUGCUGUGAGAUGUUACCCCAAUCUUCCAGCAAGGCACCUGCAAGUUCCCGGACAUUUCUGGGGGGAAUUGCCCUAGCCCUCACCCUCCGAUCCAACAGGUCCCAGAUGUGCUCAAUGGGAUUGAGAUCCGGGCUCUUCGCUGGCCAUGGCAGAACACUGACAUUCCUUUCUUGCAGGAAAUCACGCACAGAACGAGCAGUAUGGCUGGUGGCAUUGUCAUACUGAAGGAUGAGCCUGCAGGAAGGGUACCACAUGAGGGAGGAGGAUGUCUUCUCUGUAACGCACAGUAGAGGAUGUCUUCCCUGCAAUGACAACAAGCUCAGUCCGAUGAUGCUGUGACAUACUCCCCAGACCAUGACGGACACUCCACCUCCAAAUCGAUCCCGCUCCAGAGUACAGGCCUCGGUGUAACGCUCAUUCCUUUGACGAUAAACGCAAAUCCAAUCAUCACCCCUGGUGAGACAAAACCGUGACUCGUCAGUGAAGAGCACUUUUUGCCAGUCCUGUCUGGUCCAGCGACGCUGGGUUUGUGCCCAUAGGCGACGUUGUUGCCGGUGAUGUCUGGUGAGGACCUGCCUUACAACAGGUCUAUAAGCCCUCAGUCCAGCCACUCUCAGCCUAUUGCGGAGAGUCUGAGCACUGAUGGAGGGAUUGUGCGUUCCUGGUGUAACUCGGGCAGUUGUUGUUGCCAUCCUGUAACUGUCCCGCAGGUGUGAUAUUCGGAGCCUGUGCAGGUGGUCUGCCACUGGUCUGCCACUGCGAGGACGAUCAGCUGUCCGUCCUGUCUCCCUGUAGUGCUGUCUUAGGCGUCUCACAGUACGGACAUUGCAUUUAUUGUCCUGGCCACAUCUGCAGUCCUCAUGCCUCCUUGCAGCAUGCCUGCAAAUGAGCAGGGACCCUGGGACCUUUCUUUUGGUGGUUUUCAGAGUCAGUAGAAAGGCCUCUUUAGUGUCCUAAGUUUUCAUAACUGUGACCUUAAUUGCCUACCGUCUGUAAGCUGUUAGUGUCUUAACGACCGUUCCACAGGUGCAUGUUCAUUAAUUGUUUAUGGUUUAUUGAACAAGCAUGGGAAACAGUGUUUAAACCCUUUACAAUGAAGAUCUGUGAAGUUAUUUGGAUUUUUAUUAAUUAUCUUUGAAAGACAAGGUCCUGAAAAAGGGAUGUUUAUUUUUUUGCUGAGUUUAGUAUACUGUGAUAAACCACUGACAGUCCUGCACAGAUGCGAUCCCUAUAUGCGGAGUACACUGUAUUACAACUUAUGAAAAAGCACAUAAGUGUCUAUAACAAUUAACUAUAUGAAUUUUUGUGUGUUUUUGCGGUGGACUACUGCUGUGCUAUAUGCGGUAUUUGUGAAUUUAUAAACUUGUAUUUUUAUGUUCUCACUCUGCAGAUGAGUAAAAUACCAGGUGGUUUGAAACACACCAGCAUGGAACCAAAACAUUCAACUAACUGUGACAAGGAGUUUAGUUACAUUUGUUAAAUGUUGAAUAAAGUAUAAAAUGUCUGUA